AUGCCCACCAAGCCAACACCAUCAACAGACCUUGACCGCGCCAUUGCCUACGUAAAGCGCCAGCGGUCACGCUUUGUGACGACGCCAGAGAUUCUGGACAUGAUUGUCCUGAAUGCCACCCUGCGGCAAGACGGCACCCCGGCGGCAAGCCGAACCGCCGCUCACCUCCUGCACCGCAAGACCCAACUC